AGGCCAAAACUACUCCGCUUGGUCUGUGAAGAUGAAGGCCUACCUAAGGGCAUUUGAUCUUUGGGAUGUUGUUGAAAAUGAUAAGGAACCUGCAGCCUUGUUGGAAAACCCAACUGUGAAUCAGAUCAAGAGCCAUACGAAAGAGUCCACAAAGAGGUACAAGGCUCUUACUUGUAUCCAUGGAACUGUGUCAGAUGAAAUUUUCAAUAGAAUUAUUAUUUGCAAGACAGCAAAGGAAGCCUGGGACACAAUUAAAGAAGAGUUCCAGGGAGAUCAAAAAACCAAGGAGAUCCAGAUUAAUAACUUGAGAAAGGAGGUCCUUGGUGGAGAACUCAAAGACAAAAGGGUUGUUGAAAAAGUUCUUGUCAGCCUACCAGAAAAAUUUGAGCAUAAAAUCUCCUCGUUGGAAGAUUCAAAGGAUCUUUCAAAGAUGACUUUGAGUGAGCUUGUUGGUUCUCUUCAAGCUGUUGAGCAAAGAAAGGCUAUUAGACAAGAAAUUACGUCUGAAGGAGCUUUCCUUGUGACAGAAAAAGGAAAAGCUAAAGUGAAAGAAGAUGACACUCAAGUGAUAGGUGGAGGUAAAAAGCAAUUCAACAACAGGAAAGGAAAAGAAAAGAGAGAGUACCAGUACAACAGGUUCAAAGGGAGAAGGCACAACACCUUUUUUUGUUCUAAUUGUCAAGUGAAAGGUCACUUGGAUUAUCAUUGCUGGUUUAGACUUGGAGUGCAAUUUAGAAAGCGCAAGAAUUUUGGCCAUGUUGAAAGGGUUUGCAAGCAACAAGCGAAUCAUGUACAGCAAGCUAAAGUUGCUGAAAUUGUUGAUGAAGAUGAAGAGAAGUUGUUCAUGGUAUCAAAGGUUGAGAAGAAUUAUGUUGCUACAGUGAGUGGUGAUUUAUGGUUAAUUGAUAAUGGUUGCACAAACCAUAGGACACCAAAUUUGAGUAUCUUCAAAAGCAUUGACAGAAGUUACUCCUCCAAAGUCAGACUAGGAAAUGGAGAUCUGGUGCAAGUGAAAGGCAAAGUUGCUGAUAAGUCUAGUACUAGAUUGUUUUCCGUACAGAUGUCUGAUAGGAGUUUUUUAGUGGAAUGGAAGCAUUCUAGGUUUAAAGCUGUAGUUGAAAAUGAGAUUGGCAAGUCAGUGAAGGUUCUAAGAACAGACAAUGGUGGUGAAUAUACCUCACCCCAGUUUGAGCAUUUCUUGAAAAGCCAUGGCAUAAAACACCAACACACAGUACCAUACAAUCCUCAGCAAAAUGGUGUCUAUGAGAGCAAAAACAGAUCAAUUAUGAAUAUGGGUCGGUGUAUUAUGUUCGAGAAGAACUUGCCAAGAAAAUUCUGGGCUGAAGCUGUAAAUACUUCUGUAUAUCUGCUCAACAGAGUUCAAACAAAGGCACUUAAUAGGAAGACACCAUAUGAAGUCUGGUUUGGAAUUAAACCAACCAUCCGUCAUCUCAAGGGCUACAGGGUGUUUAAUGUGAAAACUGGAAAGAUUGAAGUUAAUAAAGAUGUGAAGUUUAAUGAAGCUGCAACUUGGAAUUGUGAGAAUUCAAAACUUAUAUCUUCUGAGACUAUUCUUGAAGAGGAAACUGAUGAGGAUUAUGCAGUUAGAGAUAACAAGAAAGUCAUUGGUGUUAAGUGGGUUUAUAAGGUGAAACUUAAUCCUGAUGGUUCUAUAAACAAGCACAAAGCAAGGCUUGUAGUAAAGGGAUACUCACAGCUCCCAAGAAUUGAUUUUUGUGAGACAUUUGCACCGGUGGCCAGGUUUGAUACCAUCAAAUUGCUUUUGGCACUAGCAGCUCAGAGAUGCUGGUUUGUAUACCAACUUGAUGUUAAAUCUGCUUUCUUGAAUGGUUAUUUGAAAGAAGAAAUACAUGUGGAGCAGCCUGAUGGAUUUGUUAAAGUUGGUACUAAAAGCAAAGUCUAUUUGCUCAAAAAGGCUUUAAGUAAUGAGAAGUUGAUCCAACAGUUCAAAGUUGAAAUGAAGAAGGAAUUUGAAAUGAAUGACUUAGGGAAAAUGUCCUACUUUCUUGGAAUGAAAAUCAGUCAAACUAGUCAGGGUAUAUUCAUAUGUCAGAAGAAAUAUGCUAAUGGGAUUCUGAAUCAGUUUGCAAUGGCUAAUUGCAGAACAGUCAGCACACCUAUGGUUCCUUGUGAGAAGCUAAGAAGUGAUGAUGGCGCAGCUAAAAUUGAUGCAGGAGUUUACCAGAAUUUAAUUGGGAGAUUGUUAUAUCUAUCAGCAACUAGACCUAAUAUAAUGCAUUCAGUGAGCCUUUUGUCUAGGUUUAUGCAUUCUCCUAGUGAAAUACACUUCAAGGUAGCCAAGAGGAUUUUGAGGUAUGUAAAGGGAACAACUGAUUUUGGUGUUCUUUAUAAAUGUUCAACGAAUGUGAAGCUAAUUGGAUUUAUAGAUAGUGAUUGGGCUAGUUUAGAGGAAGACAUGAAGAGCACCUCAAGACAGUGUUUUUCUAUUGGUUCAGGGUUGAUUAGCUGGAGUUCUAAGAAGCAAGACUCAGUUGCCAAGUCAACAGCAGAAGCUGAGUACAUUGCUGUUUCUCUUGCUACAGGUCAAGCUGUGUGGUUCAGGAAACUAAUGAAUGAUUUAAAACAACCUCAGACACAUCCUAUUGAGUUGUUUUGUGAUAAUUUAUCUGCUGUUACAAUUGUUAAGAAUCCUGUUCUUCAUGAUGACCAGAUUGUUGAUAUAUUCACUAAAGGAUUGCACAAGUGUAGGUUUGAGACACUAAGAGACAAGCUUGGAAUGAGCAACAUUAGUGUCAAGGAGGAGUGAAAACAACAAGGCAAGGAAUGGAUGUUGACAGUGACACAAAUGCUGUCACGUUAUUUACAGUUUGUAGUAGUUAUUUGUUUGUUUUAUUUGAUCAGCUUGUUUUUAUGAAUGUAGUGUAGUUAACUUUCAGUUUUUAUCAAUUUGUAUCAGUUUAUUUUAUUUCCUUGUAAAAAGCAGAUUUGGUUAAUGAAAUACCAGUUCUGCA